AUGGAUCCCACUGUGAAAUUGACUAAAGAGUCAGGCACUGCUCUUCUUGACCCGACUCCUUAUCGGACGCUGGUUGGUCGUCUUCUCUAUCUGACUAUCACGCGGCCUGAUAUCACCUUUGUUGUGCACUGCUUGAGUCAAUUCAUGCAUUGUCACACGGAUGUGCAUCUCAAUGCUGCACACAAGAUCUUGCGUUACCUCAAGAAUAAUCCCGGUCAAGGCCUCUUCUACUCUGCUUCCUCGACGGUUUGUCUUAAUGCCUUCUCGGAUGCUGACUGGGGUACUGACUCUGAAUCUCGCCGGUCAAUAACUGGUUACUGCGUUUACCUUGGCAAGUCCUUGAUCACUUGGAAGUCUAAGAAGCAAGACGUCGUUAGUCGGAGUAGCACAGAGUCGGAAUAUCGGAGUAUGGCUCAGACGACGUGUGAACUUCUUUGGCUUCAGCAACUGCUCACCUUUUUGAAGAUUGAGGUUUGCAUUUCUGCCAAGCUUUUCUGUGACUAUAAAUCUGCCAUCUAUAUUGCUACGAACCCAGUGUUUCAUGAACGGACGAAGCAUGUGGAGAUCGAUUGUCACACGGUUCGUGAUCAAGUGAAGAAUGGCUUCUUAAAACUGAUGUCUGUGGCGAGUGAAAACCAACAUGCCGAUAUACUCGCUUCAGCCUGGUCCAUUUUUCUCCCUCCUGAAUCGUAUGUCUGUUUCAAGCCUCUUCUUAUCUCAACGUGGCUCUGA